GUGCUUCUACCAUGGACAUCAAGGAGGUGGACCUCAGAGAGAUGGCUUCUGUCAUCCAGUCGAAAGUCGUCCUGGAGGUGUCCUCUCAAGUCCAGUCGCUCCUGGAUUCUCUAGAAACCACCACGCUGGACAUCGCAGUGACUGGCGAAGGUGGGGCUGGCAAGUCCACCUUCAUCAACGCCAUGUUGGGGAUCCGUGACGAUGACUUCGGUGCGGCCAAAACUGGUGUGGUUGAGACUACGGCUUCGCCCACCCCUUACCUUCACCCUCAUCUUCCCCAUGUCCGGCUAUGGGACCUGCCAGGUAUUGGUACACCUUCCUUCCAAGCCAAAAAAUAUCUCCAGCGGGUGAGAUUUGAGAGAUACGAUUUCUUCAUCAUCGUAACGUCCGAGCGUUUCCGAGAGAAUCACGCUGAGCUGGCUCGGGCUGUGGCUGCCAUGGGCAAACGCUUCUACUUCGUCCGUUCCAAGGUAGACCAGGAUCUGUGGGCUACCCAACAGCGAAGGCCGAGCUCGUUCCAGGAAGCUCAGGUGCUGCAGGAAAUAGAGUCAGACUGUUCCCGUCAGCUCAAGCGGGAAGGCUUGGAGAACCCCAAGGUCUUCUUGAUCUCCAGCUUCCAUUUGCAUAGGUUUGACUUCCACCGCUUAAAGGACACUCUGGCUGAAGAGCUGGAAGGGCACAAGAGACACACCCUGCUGCUUUCCUUUCCAUCCGUCACCGCUGCAGCUGUGCAGAAGAAGAAGAGCUCGCUGCGCUGGCACAUCUGGAAGAAGGCGCUGCUGGCGUGUUUCAUUUCAGCCCUGCCCGGCCACCCGUUCUACCUCAACGUCCCCAUGCUCAUGAAGACGCUCAAGAACUACCAGCAGCAUUUCGGCUUGGAUGAUGCAUCUUUGGAGACCUUGGCCGCCACGGUCUCCAAGCCCUCUUACGAGUUGAAAAACCAAGUGCGUUCAAAAUUCGUGGGGGGCCUUUCGGAAGAGGCUAUCCAGACAGUUUUGAGGCAGUCUGCAAUCUGUGGGCAGGUGGCGGCCACAGCGCUGAAUAGCCAAUUCCCCUUUUUCAACAACUUGGUAGCAGGGGCCAUCUCGUUCGUGGCCGCCUAUUAUUUGUUGCACACAGCUCUGGAUAGUUUUGCCGAAGAUGCGCAGAGGGUCUUGGAAAGAGCGUAUGGCUUGGAGACAGUGGUUCAGGGCUCCAUUGGCUGUCCUUCAUUGGGCUUCACCUGUGAAUGAAGACGAUGAAGAACACCAGCCAAAAUUCCUUGGAGAUGGACAAAUCGGGUUAUUUUUUUCCCCUUCUCUUUUCUGCAUUAAUAUUGCUUCUUGUUUUCUUCAAUUGGUCAAACUGGCCAGGAGAACUUAGCCAAGGUUGCUGUCUGCCUAUUCCCUGUCAUGGCGAAGCACUCAGAACCAUCUCUCCAGGCACACCAGCAGUCCACCUGUUGCUCUUCCAGGUUGUGGCACGCACAUUCCACGCCUGCCAGCUGGUUGUCAAAAAACAGCUCCCGGGCACCCAUGCGCGCGCCGGGAAGCUGAGAUUCUGGGUUUCUGGCGCACACAUGCAUGCCAGCCAGGUAGUCUUUGCCUGCGCAUGUGCGCCAGGAACUGGAAACUCAGCUGAGUGGCACGUGCACGGAACUGCUCUUCCAGUUUACUGUGCGCAUGCGCACCGGGGAGCUGCUCUUCCGGAUUCUGCUGUUCUCCUGUGCGCAUGAGUGGGCUCCCAUUUCAGUACUCGGUGCCGAAAAGAUUUGCCAACACUGGCCUAUCCUGUGAAGAGAACCCUUCUCCACCCACCCCCCCAAAGGUUAUUGAGAUUAGUCUUCAGAUGGUGACCCUACAUAACUGGGAAGACACUUUGCAUUUCUUUAGAUGUAGCAGAUUUGAUUAUUGGGAGGUGUUUUGCUGUUUUUCAUAUAAUAAAUUGGUUCUUGGAAACUUUUAUAUAGUGGCAACCUUUUGAAAUGAUAAAUGCUCUGGAAUCUCUUCAUGUCUCAGUGGGUCAUUCAUUUAUUUUAUACAUACAUUUAUAGACCAUUCUUAUC